UAAUACUCAUCAUCUGAAUUUCUACCGAAUUCUUGAACACGUUCACUAGAUCAAUUUAUUUAAUUUCCACGACAAUAUGUCCAAACUAACCAAUUUACUUAGCUUUCUCUAUGUGGCCUUAAUGGCCGCAGAAAUUAGGGUCAAUAGUGCCCCAUUAAAUCUGCAAGAUGUUGUACUCACUCCAGGUCUUCAUGAACUGAGACCGCUUCGGAGACGUGGGUCCUAUAAAGCACUACUAGCUCGAAGUCCCCAAAAACUAAAAGCUGCUGAGAAGGAAAUCAAAAAGGCGGAAACGGCAAAAGUUGAUACGAAAGACAAGAAAGAAUCAGCCAACGAAGGGGGAAAUAAUAGUGCCAAUACCGUAAAACAGGCCGCUUCUGACCUAUUUAAAGCUACCAAGAACGUCGAUAAUGACGUCUUAAUAAUUCAGAAUCCUGCCUCGACGACAGAAGAUAUAAAAAAGGCAGCCGCGGAUGCAUUGAAGAAUGAAGAUGCAGAGGAUUUCCCGAGGCAGGCUCUUGCUAGUGUGGCCCAAGAUCCAGAAGCCGCCCAAGGGUCACUUGCUGUAAUCAGGGAUAAAGGCCCGAUCGUUGUUCAAGCUUUCAAAGAUAUACAUAAGAACGCGGAGGAUAAGACAAAAGUCCAGGAAGAAUUGUCAAAAGUUACACUCGCCCGGCUUCAGGUAGUUCCUGCUAACUUUGAUCUGAUGGGCGGAAUCCCAGGAGCUAGUCGAAGCCUGGUUUCUAAGGUAGCAAUCGGUCCAAGUCAACAAGCGAUCGGUAAAAAUAUAACGGAUGCCGCUCAAAAGAAAGUAAUAGAAGAGCAACAGAAGAAUCUGGCAAGCCAAACAAAGAUUGUGGAUGAACAAAUGGCAAUCAUUCAGAAGGAAGGUUCUAAACCCGAAGAAAUUGAGCAAGCUGCUAAAAAAGCGUUGGUACAGGAAGCAGGUGAGGAGUUCGCUAGAGAGGUACUGGCCAGUGCUGCCACUGAUGCUAAGGCAGCAAUGGCGGCAUUAGGAGAGGUUAGGGACAAUGGACCAUCAAAAGUAGUUCAAGGAUUCAAACUGAUUGAGUCCAAUGCAAAAGACCCAGCUGCUGUUAAAAAGGCGGCUGACUUGGUUGUUGAAGGUCGUAAACAUGUUGUACCAGCCAACUUGAAGCUCAUCGAGCUAUCUGGAGGAUCUGCAACCGCGGGUGCGUCUACGGACGCAGCUGCGGGGUCUGCGUCUGCUACUAAAGAUGCCAACGCAGCUGCGCAGACUAAAAAAGAUGCUGGAGAAACUGCAGUCAAAGCAAAAGAUGCAACUUCAAACACAGCAAAGGAUGCAACUGCAAACGCAGCAAAAGAUGCAACUGCAAACGCAGCAAAUGAUAAAACUGCAAACAAAGUUUAAUCUCAAUCCUUCAGAAAAGAAAGGCUCAUUUAAUUUAAUCAAAGCAAUCAUAAUUUGUCACAUUUUCAAUAAUUUUAAUGGUUUGUAAAACAUAUUAGAGAGAUUUAACCAGAAGCCUGUUUUUCAAGACAAAUUAUGGAGAU